GAUUAAUAUUGCGAAAUUAUGAAAAUAUUUAUUGUUCUCUUCGCCACGCGAACGAAUACAUUCUUUCUUGAAACAUUUAAAAGCGUUUGAAUUGGAAGUCUUAAGCGCCGAAACUCAAGCACAUAACUCGCGCGCAUGCGUAGCGGUUUGUGUAUUUCUAACAGUUUGACAACGGAAAUACGAACGUUCUCGACAAACAGCGAAAGAAGUUCUAAAAUGUCGAUUAUCCCUUUGUGGCCAAAUUUACAACCAAGAGCAACAGAUCCUCUAUGGUUCAAUGCCGAUAGACCCUGCGACGAUGAGAGCGAAGUAGCUGCGCUCGAAGCGGAACAUCAAGCGUGGAGGGAACAUGUCCGAGUUCAACGUUAUGACCAUAUCCCUAUCGGAAAAACAGUCAGCGACUUCAGAGGAUCGGAAGAAGAGGAGGAGGAAGAAGAAGAAGAAGAGGGAGAAGGAGAAGAAGAAGAAGAGUCAGAUACCCAUGAAGAAGAGGAAGAAGAAUUAGACGAAAUUGAUAUGGAAGUAAGCUAUUCGCAUCAACAACAGACAUCCAGUCCAACAGAUACAGUGACAGAUCCAGUAUCCAUCAGAAUGGUCAGCACACAUACUGGUCGUUAUUCUUAAUUAAAAUAUCGUAGUUCUCGUUUAACUUUAACCUUUAUCUAGCUUCCCCGGCAAAGAAAUAUUACGCAAUCUAUUUAUUUCUUAAGAAUUAACAAUGAUAUGUAGGUAUAUGUAUUUAUUUAUCAAUAGAAAAUUAAGAUCUUGCAAAUAUAAAUAAAGAAUCGUAAAAUUUUUUUUACGUGCGAAA